GCUAGGCGGACGCGACCCAAAUGCACCUCUGCAUAACUUCACAUAUGUCGUAGUGAAUACUUUCGUCGAAACUAUUUUCCAUCGUUCGAAAAACACAGCAGAAGAAUCAAACAUGAUGUCCCAGCACUUGACGAGCAUGUUUGAACAGCUCGGUAACUUCACGAAAAACAAUUUGUCACAAAAUAGUAAAGUAGUGAAAGAGAAAGAGACAAAAACGAGUGCUAAUCAUGUGGGAUCUGGUGGAGGAAGUGCUGGAAAUGCCAUAGCCAACCCAGCUGGAAGAGUGGGGGUGCCAUUGCUACCAGCACCCUUGAAGAAACCCUGCAAGCUUCGCAACGUGGUCUCCAAAGCAGAGUCGUAUGACACGCUCUACUCCAACUGCCCUCUGGUGACGACGCUAUGCAGCGACAAGACGUGUCUUGGCAGUAUAAUGGGCAUCCCUGGCCGCGGGGAUGUGCCAAGAGAACCCGAGGAAGUUCUCUUCGAUGCCAAGGAUUUUCUUGGACAGUACUUCGCAUCUAUACGCAGAGCUAACACCCCAGCUCACGAGGCUCGCUGGAAGGCAGUGCAAGAAGAGGUGGCGAAGACUGGAACAUAUCAACUGACGACUACUGAGCUGGUGUUUGGCGCCAAACUAGCUUGGAGGAAUGCUACUCGAUGCAUUGGUAGAAUCCAGUGGUCUAAAUUACAGGUAUUCGAUUGUCGGCAAGUGACAACUACGAGCGGUAUGUUCGAAGCGAUAUGCAAUCACAUCAAGUAUAGCACCAACAAAGGAAAUAUUAGGUCGGCGAUAACAGUGUUCCCUCAGCGUACAGAUGGAAAGCAUGACUACAGGAUAUGGAACAGCCAGCUCAUCAGCUACGCUGGGUACAAGCAUCCAGAUGGCUCCAUACUUGGAGAUCCUAUGCAUGUUGAAUUUACUGAGCUUUGUAUCAAGAUGGGUUGGAAGCCUCCUCGUACGGCGUGGGACAUUUUGCCCCUUGUCUUGUCCGCUAAUGGAAAGGACCCCGACUUCUUUGACAUCCCAAGGGAGCUCGUCUUGGAGAUCCGUAUGACCCACCCCACAUACGAAUGGUUUGAAGACCUUAACCUGCGAUGGUAUGCACUACCAGCUGUCUCCAACAUGCGUUUCGACUGCGGCGGCAUUGAGUUCACUGCCAGCGCCUUCAACGGCUGGUACAUGAGCACUGAGAUAGGGUGCCGAAACUUCUGCGAUACUAACCGACUUAAUUUGUUGGAGAAAGUAGCUCACAAAAUGGGUUUGGACACUCGGACUCCAAUCAAUCUAUGGAAGGAUAAGGCUCUGGUGGAAUGCAACGUCGCAGUUCUCCAUAGUUUUCAACAGCAUAACGCUACCAUCGUUGAUCAUCACACUGCCUCCGAGAGUUUUAUCAAGCAUCUGGAUAAUGAAAACCGAUUAAGGUCCGGUUGCCCAUCUGAUUGGAUUUGGGUCGUCCCUCCAAUGUCCGCAUCCAUCACUCCUGUGUUCCACCAAGAGAUGGCGCUGUACUACUUAAAACCGUCUUAUGAAUAUCAGGAACCCGCAUGGAAGACUCACCAAUGGCAGAAAUCCAAACCCACAACAGACAAGAAAGUAAUCAACAGGAAAUUCCAUUUCAAGCAAAUAGCUCGUGCUGUCAAGUUUACUUCCAAACUAUUUGGCCGGGCUUUGUCAAAGCGAAUUAAAGCUACAGUCCUUUAUGCAACUGAGACAGGGAAAUCUGAGCAGUUUGCCAAGGAAUUAGGAGUCAUUUUUGGGCAUGCAUUUAACGCUCAAGUUCAUUGCAUGGCUGAUUAUGACAUAACAUCAAUUGAGCAUGAAGCCUUGCUCUUGGUCGUUACAUCAACGUUUGGUAAUGGUGAUCCUCCUGAAAAUGGCAUUGCUUUUGGAGAGCAUCUAUGCGAGCUAUUGUAUGCUGAUGAAGAAGGAUCAGGGAAUCAAAUGCCAACCACGAAAUCACUAAUAAUGGCUAACAGCCAGGAGCUGCAGAGAUGGUCUGGUAAUCCGAAGAAAUUGAACCGUUUAGAGUCACUGAAAGGCAGUACUACAGAUGCCACAUCCAUCGACAGUUUCGGUCCUCUGAGCAAUGUCCGUUUUGCUGUAUUUGCUCUAGGUUCGAGUGCAUAUCCGAAUUUCUGUAAUUUCGGUAAAUACGUGGAUAAGUUGCUAGGUGACCUCGGUGGGGAACGAAUCCAUGACCUUGAGACCGGCGACGAGAUGUGCGGACAAGAUCAGGCCUUCCGGAAGUGGGCCUCUAACGUCUUCAACGUUUCUUGCGAAACAUUCUGUUUGGAUGAUGACGAAACGAUGCAAGAAGCAAAGAGAGCUCUGGGUACUGUUGCUCUCAGCGAAGAAACUGUUCGUUUUGCUGCUCCAGAAGGACCUCUACCAACUUUGCAGGUGGCUUUACAGUCAUCAUUGAACAAAAAGAUCGUACAAUGUAUCGUCAAAGAUAACAAAGACUUGGGUGAUGGGUCUACGGAAAGAUCAACCAUCUUCAUUAACAUGGAACCAAAGGAAGAGAUAAAAUAUGAUCCAGGCGAUCAUGUUGGUAUUAUAGCGUGCAAUCGUAAGGAACUUGUUGAUAGCAUACUGGUUAGACUGAAGGAUGUUGACGAUUAUGACAAACCUAUGCAACUACAACUUAUGAAGGAAACACACACAUCAAGUGGUCCUAUUAAAUCUUGGGAGCCACAUGAGAAACUCCCAGUGAUGAGUGUCCGAGAUCUAUUCACUCGUUUCUUGGACAUCACUACACCGCCAACUACCAUUUUACUACAAUACUUAGCCAAAACGUGUGAAGAUGAAGCAGAGCGUAAUCAACUUAAUGCUCUUGCUACGGAACCGGGAGCCUACGAAGAUUGGCGUCAUUUCUAUUUCCCUACUGUAUCUGAGGUACUAGAGCAAUUUAAAUCAGCUCGACCAAGUGCAUCUUUGCUCGCUGCACUACUCUCACCUCUGCAACCAAGAUUCUACUCUAUUUCGUCAUCUCCAACUGCUCAUCCAAAACGCCUUCACCUGACGGUCGCCGUAGUUCAAUACCGAACUCAAGAUGGCGAAGGACCUCUCCAUUAUGGCGUUUGCUCAAAUUAUCUCAUGGAUCGUAAGCCUGGCGACGAAGUUUAUCUAUUUGUUAGAAGUGCUCCGAACUUCCAUCUUCCUCAAGAUUUAUCGGUACCUCUGAUACUAAUAGGCCCAGGAACUGGUAUUGCGCCAUUCCGUGGAUUCUGGCAUCAUCGCCGAGCUCAAAUCAACAACCGUAAACGUGCACCUACUGGCCCAGUUUGGCUUUUCUUUGGCUGCCGAACAAAGAGUAUGGACUUAUACCGUGAGGAGAAACAACAGGCCUUGAAUGAUAACGUUCUGUCUAAAGUUUUUCUGGCGUUAUCUAGGGAAAAGGAUAUUCCCAAAAGGUACGUUCAAGAAUUAGCUGAACAAGAAGGAACCGAGAUUAAUGAUCUGUUAGUGAAUCGAGGAGCUCACUUCUACGUUUGUGGAGAUUGUAAAAUGGCUGAAGAUGUUCACCAGAAGCUUAAAGGAAUAAUUAAGAAACAUAGCGAAAUGACGGAUGAACAAGUGCAAAGCUUCAUGUAUAUGCUAAAGGAGGAGAAUCGCUACCACGAAGAUAUCUUCGGCAUCACGCUGCGUACCGCGGAAGUUCACUCGGCCUCCCGGGAGUCAGCUCGCAGGAACCGCGUGGCUGCGCAGCCAUGACGCCGGUCCUCACGCUUUCAUCCUAGCUCGCACACCUAGCCUAACUAGCUUUGCAACUUCAUCUGCUACGUCUAACUUAAUUACUUCAUUCAAGUAAUCGAGUGCUUUAUUGGUUUUAAUGUCAUCAACGAUCUCAAAUUUAUCAGCUUCUAAAUUUGCGAAAAUUUUAGCAGCGUCAAUUUAUAUUGCUGAUAUUUCUGGUUAAUAUAAGUCAAUUACUCUACUUUGGCUUUGGUCAAGCACGAGUUUAUUUAGGCCACCGGCCGAUACAUAGGUUGUGCGUGAAAAUGGGUCUUGAAUUUAUUGUACAUAGUCUUCACUGGUUCCAUAUACAUUCCAUUUCAGUAUUAAUUUUCGAUGCUAAUGUUCAGUGGCAGCUGAAAUGUUUAUAUUUAUAGAGUUGUUUUAAAUUGAUUCCAUGCAGGGUGAUUUAAUCUAUAUUUAAUAACGCACAAAAUGCAUUCCCAUCUCAUAUAUCUCCUACUUUCACUACUUCUUAUUGCACUCUUAUUAAUCCUUGAUUUGUGUCGAUCGACUUCGAAACAUUUCAAACUAUUAACAAUUUACCAAUUACAUAGUAUUAGAUGUAAUUUUAUUCCAUUUAAUAUUAAUAAUAUAAAAAAUAUAUAACGACUUUCAUUGACGUCAUAAAAUGAAGUAUUGUCCACUUAUUGCUAACGAAGUUUUGAAAUAUAUUUUGUUGGUAGAUUAUCGUAUGAAAAUUUUAACUAGUCUAGUUAGUUGUUAAAUAUAUUUUCAAAAUUAUGUUUUCGUUGACUAAUCUCUAAAACGACAGCAGUUCUUGUUGUAUGCCUUUAUUGCCAAACUUUGUACAGAACGUGUUACAGUUAUUUUAUGCUAUCAAUGUAAAUAUAUUUAUUUUAAUUUCUAUUAUA